AUGGCUGCUGAGAUGCCCUUAAGGGAACAGAUGCUACAAUCUUACGCUGGGGCGAGGUCAAUCGCUGCGUCGACCUUGGAAUCUGACUCUUAUAUUGCCAGCAUGUCUCCUGAGAGCACCAGAGGUAUAAACGAUGAGCUGACCUCGGCACAAACCGGAGACCCUUCGAAACGGCGGGCCCGGCAAGCGCAAGAUAAUGCUGACAUGCCGGAUUUAGCCAGCCUUCAAUCUGCUUCAUUCUCAGCAAACGAAAUAUCAGCGGUUACACCGGACUACGACAAAUAUGGUCCGGAUGACCAAGUCAUGCUGGAAAGAGGCAAACGAUGCACCGUGGUAGGACCCAGCACUUAUCCCCGAAAAUGGCAACGAAUUUCAGACUGUGAAGAUGCUGCUUGGGCUGGUGUGGCAGAUGAUGAGGCACUGAAUCAUGCUCAGAGCCUGCACAUAUUUGCAUCUAUGCCGCUUAGCAUUGAAAGAUUUCUGGCCGAGAGGUCAAACUUGACAGACAACGAAUACACUCACGACUAA